UGUGCGGUUACCGGGAGCUGUAAACAAGGUGUGCAGGCACCCGGAGAGCUGUCGGGAUGCAGCAGAGCGGAGCGACUAGAGGUUGUGGCUGUGCUCUGUUCCCCCUGCUGGGUGUCUUGUUUUUCCAGGGUGUUUCUGUCGUCCUUUCCUUGGAAAUUAAAGUGGAUGCCAAUGUCCGGGGUUAUGUUGGAGAAAAGGUCAAGUUGAGAUGCACCUUCAAGUCCACUUCGUCUGUCACUGACAAGCUCACAAUAGACUGGACAUACCGACCUCCCAGCAGUAGUCGCACAGAGUCAAUUUUUCACUAUCAGUCUUUCCAGUAUCCAACCACAGCAGGCACAUUUCGGGAUCGAAUUUCCUGGGUCGGAGAUGUAUACAAAGGGGAUGCAUCCAUAAGCAUAAGCAGCCUCACCACAAAGGACAACGGGACAUUCAGCUGUGCUGUGAAGAACCCCCCUGACGUGCACCAUAAUAUUCCUGUGACAGAGCUAACAGUCACAGAAAGGGGUUUUGGAACCAUGCUGUCCUCUGUCACCCUUCUUUCCAUUCUCGUGUUCAUCCCCUCGGCUGUGGUGGUGGUUCUACUGUUGGUGCGAAUGGGGAGGAGGUCCGCAGGGCUGACGAAGAGGAGCAAGUCUGGCUACAAGAAGUCAUCCAUUGAGGUUUCAGAUGACACUGACCAGGAGGAGGAGGGUGACUGUAUGGCCCGGCUUUGUGUCCGGUGCGCCGAGUGUCUGGAUUCAGACUAUGAAGAGACAUACUGAUGAAAGUCUGCAUGAAGAAUCACCUAAAGACAGAAAAUGUGCCAUCCCACUGAUAGCCAAAGCCUCUCAGAGAGGUGGAGCUGGCUUGGACAGUAGUGAUGGAGGAUUCUGAAAGUCACCGUUAAAGAGCCAUUUAUUUAUUGAAGAAAUGUUCUUUUUGUAUUUAUAAACUGUUUAAACACUUUCAGAAGAGACUUAAUAACUACUACUCCUAAUAACUUAUAUUCUAAUUGAAGGAAGGAAUUCUUUUCCUGAAGAUAAUUUCUCUUGAAUGUAUUACAUGAUUUCUUCCAUUUAUUUAAGGGAGAAUUCUAAAUGUUGGCCAUGCUGUUGAUGCCAAAUUUUUUUUUUUAAUGAAAUGGAACUUGUAACUUCCUGAUGCACUACUAGAUAAAAUGUUUGCUUGGGAUAAGUAUUGUUUUAUGCUCCAUGAACAUUUUCAGCUGUGACUUAGCAUAUAGCAUAAAUUCAUUGGUUUAAUGAUGUCACCAUCAAUUGUAUUUGGGUGACUUGAAGUGUACAACCCUAAAUUCCCUAGUAGGGCCAGGAGUCAAAGCUUUGUUUUAACUGGGUUUUUAAAAAUAGUAAAGGGUCAUUAAUUUAUGAGGGAGGGAAGGAAGCAAGAAGAUUCAUUUCUAUUGUUUUGUUAGGUGAGUUUGUUACUUUACUGUCUUUCAGUAGCUGCUAUAUGAUUUCUUUCUUGACUUUACAGAUUAGAGGCAAGAAGAAAUCUUCAAAAUCUUUUUAAUGAGGACAUAUAAAAUAUUUUAGUAAUAAUUUGCAAGGAAAUCUCUCUUACCAGUGUUGUUCUUCAAAACCUUUUUGAUUUCUAAAACACACCAAAUCUGCAUAAAUGGAGGUAUUUACAAGCUGAUCUUGCAUAAUAUUUUGGCUAAGGAAGAGAGUUUGUGCAUAAUUUAGACUUCUCCCUUUUGUUUUCUAGAUGCCUUUUAUAGACUUCCUCCUUCUCUUUAGCAAUCUUUGUCAAAUUUUGACUUACAUUGGAUUUUCUACAAACUAUUAAGAAAUAUGUCAGAAAAUAUUUGCAGUGUAGUCCUUUGUAAUAAAGUGAUACAGUUCACUUCUCAAUUGUAAGAGACAAAAUUUAUCCCCCUCAUCCCAUUUUAACAGAUUUGUCCCUUCCCAUGGUUCUUCAUUAGUUGACUCAGGGAAUUUCCAUAUGAUAGCAUUAUACACUGUAUAUGUUAUAAAUAAAUCACUUUUAUGUGUUUUGCCAAGAUCUAUUUUUAAAAUUUGGGUUAUAAGAUCCAAGAAUUUUGGUCUCACCUCUUUUGUUAACUUGGUCCAUAGGUUACAGGGUCUGGUUAGUUAACAGAGAUUACAAUUGACUUCUAGUCACAUAAAUAUGUAGAAGAAGCAAAAACAAGCUCCCAGUGUGUAUUUCUAGUGGUUAUCUUGGCCUACUUGUUAAAUUUGUGGUUGUCUGAGCCCAAACUAGUGAGACCAAUUUUGAUGCCUCAAAGAAAGAAAAUAUUCUGAGCAAUGAAGGUAAAUAUUUUUGGGCCAGAGAGGAUUGAAGCUAAAGAUUAAUUGUGAGGCAGACUUUUUGUAUCUCCUUUUCUCCCUGAGAAAGGAAUUCAGUUAAAGCCGUGCAAUGAGGAACUAGUUUGGCUAGCUCUGGUUCUGUCCUUUUAGCCAUCUUACAAGGCUUCAUCCAGUGUGGUAUGCUUGCUGCUUUAGGUAAAUGGUGCUGUGGAACACUUAGUCAUGUUAUUUUUUAGCCUUGUUCAUGAUUUGCUUCCUUUUAAAAAUGACCGAGCAACAGAGUCCUUCAUGGUAAAAGAGUAAGUUGGUAAGUUAGUCUGCUGCAUGGGCCACAUCAUGGUCACAGGCUGCUAUCACUUUCUUUCUUCAUCCCUUAUAUUCAGAUCUGGAUUAUAGCUUUUCCUUCAAAGCCAUACCAUGCAGUGUUUGGGCAUAGACUUCUUUAAGGACAGAGGAACACAGGUUUUUUUAAAACCAAUGGUUUGAAUAUCUUCUAAGGUGCUAUUAUUUCGCUGUUUCUUUUUGCUGCUCCUUGAGUUCUUAUCACACUGUGUGGACACUAGUGUUGGCUAGAAGAGGAAUUUCAUCCUGAAAGCUACAGAAGGGUAAAAAGUUUUCCAGAAUUUUUCUUUGGCUGCUGCAGUGUCUAUUUGUGGUGACAUGACCUUAAGAGUUUUACACAUUGAGCUCUUAAUUCUGUUCCUAAGCAUGAACUUUAAAGAAUGCUUUGUAUUUCUCAUGUGUCAUGUAACCUCAGGCUACUUGGGGGUACAUCUUAGUUCUCUUCAGCUCUCAAUCUGGACACUGGUGCUUCAAGAGGGAACCACACCUGUCCCUGUUGAAAAAAAAUUCUGGAGUUCAAAUCAGGAAACUAAAUGUUCUACUGUGUCACCCACUUAUGGUUCCACAGGGAAGUUCAAGAAGAAGAGUGAGUGGACCGAGCCUGUCAUUUAAGUUCACAGCUCCGAACUUUGCUGCCAGAAAAGGCAGCUCCUUUCCUUUGACUGGAGUUGGAGUGUUGCGCUGCUGGGCUGUUAGUUAUUGUAUUUCACUUGAGUUUUUUGUGGGUGGGUAUGCAAAGUUGGGUCACGUACAGACACUGUAACUCUUGAUAUUCUUAACCACAUCAUAGUUAAUAAACU